UCUGAUGGAUGCGGAGCUAACAGGGAAGAAAGAGAGCGGGGAUGCGGACCAAGAUAGGUUCCGGCGACGCUCUAAAACAACUCCGCCAGCUUCAAAUCAAUUUGCUAUGUCUAAUUCGUUAGACAGCAGGGUUGGGAGCUUUGAAGAAGCAGACUCUGGCGAUAAAUCGUGCACGCCAACGACUGAUGAACUACAGCAAUCGGGCAAUAGACAACAAUAUGACGUGCCGGCCAGUUUCCGUUUUGUGUAUCUUGGAAGUUCGGUCCUUGACAAGCGCUACACUCAGCAUAUGCUACCGUGGGUCAUUGCUGAGAUCCGGCGGAAAAACGAGCGAAAUCAGAUUGAUUUAAAUGUCAAAGAGAUGACAGUAGAGGCAGUCGACUGCUCCGCAGCAAGUACUUUAUUUCAACAUAAGGUGCAGACCAUAACACGCUGCGCGCGUUCUGUGGACAAGAAGUGUUUUGCCUACCUGACUAAAAUACCCGAUGAUGUAUCUUCCUGUCACUGCUACGUGUUUGAAGCCGUCGAAAUAAGCUCGAUUACUGGGUUUUUUCACAGUAUUCGUGAUGCUGCUAGGCAAGUAGCUGAGCAACCAGAAAGUAAUGUAACCACAGAUAAGGAAAAUUCAUCCAAUGAACCAGCUAAUCCCAACAGCAAUGGCAGUCCAACUAAUUCUACUGAAAAUACUGAGGCACAAGCAGUCAUUUUUCCACUGUGGUAUGUUGGCCGAGUUAUGGUAUCUCACAGACAAGCUCCCCCAAAUCUUGUAGAUGAUUUGGUGGACAGGUUUGAUAAAACAAAAGGAAUGACUGAGUUCGAAAAGCUGAGUGUACAAAAAUCAGAGGAAAGAGAAGGAUUUUCUAAUACAGUCAGUGUUAAUGCCAGUGUUGAAAAUCAUUCUAAGGAACAUCCAGCAUUGAGUAAAGCAAAAAGCUUGGAUCAAGAGAGAAUACUCGGUGGAAAAAGCAGCUGUGAGGACAAGGCACCAGAGGGUAGCAAGCACCCACCUCUAAUUAAGAUGAACAGUUUGAAUGGAAGACCUCGCUCUGCCAGUGAUGGCGAUAAGACAAAGAACAGUUACCCUACCAGGAGUCAGGAUUCCCCUCAGAACCAACAUCACGCAAAAACACACUCAAGGAAAACUAGUUUCAGUGGUGUUGGUGAAAACAGAAACAUUCUUUUCAAAAUCAGCAUCCACUCAAUUGCAUGUCUCAGUGCAGCCUCUAGGGUACUGCUGAUGGAGAGAAGACUAAGAGAAGUUUCCUUUUGUCAACAGGGAACAAAGGCACCAGAACAUUUUGGCUUUAUCUGCCAUGAGCUCAAAACCGGGCAGUAUUACUGUUACGUGUUCAAGGGACGUUCUGAACAACUGGUGGAUGAAGUAAUGCAAUCUUUAAGACAAGCAUUCAACAGUGCAUGGCAAGCAGCAGGUCCUACUUCAGUCUGUGAUAUGUGUCCUCUUCAUCAACUUCAUCAGUUGUGUGUUCAACUUGAAGGGCGUGGUCCAAGAAAUCAAUAUGAUAUACUACAAAAACACAGAAUUAAUCUCAGUGAUGAUGAGAUGAGCCAAUUUACAGAACAGUUUAAGGCUGAAAGUCCAUCAACAAUGAAUGAGGAAAUUGAAGUGAUCAUGGCCAUAUUCAGAGCAAUGUAUGAAAAAAGGCAACUGCAGCACACACACAUUGGCCAGGGACAGCCAUACCAAAAGGACAAAGGGCCAGUAAGCCCCAAUUUGUUGCAAAAAGCCAAGAAGUCUCUAACUAGUUCUUUUGAAAGUUUCAUGAGUAAGAGGGCAAGAGCAAGGACAGUAAUGAACGAGGAGUGUUCUGGAAUGGAAAGAUGCGAGCCAACCAAACAAUCACCUGGUCUGCAAAGGAAAAGAAGUAUGACUCUGGACAGCACCCCUUCAAACUAUAACAUCACUACUCCUCCUAUGUCCCCAUUAAAAGAACUAUCUGGAAAGAAGGAGGAGGUGUUUACAAGUACGCCGCACAAGCUGACAAGACAAAGAGCAACAGGAGAAACCAGUCCAACCACAACCACCCCACCUAACACGCCUACCAAAACACCUGGGCGCCACAGGCGUCUGAGCAAAACGAACUCAUAUGGAUAUAGACAGACCAUAUUUCACAGUGUAGUCACACCAUCAAAGAAAGAAUCCAACUCAGCUGACCCAGAGUUAGGCAUCCCUCAGAGUGCAUCAUGGGCAGAAAUGGUUGGUCGCAAGAAAUCGUCUCAGGAGCUGAGAGCUCUGUGGCGGAAAGCUAUCAUGGAACAGAUUUUACUCAUCAGAAUGGAGAGAGAAAAUAACAGUUUACAGGUUAAUCAGAAUGUCAUAGAAGCCAAUAUGCUGAAGCUUUCAUACAAUGAAGUUCCACCGUGUUCUGAUGCAGCAGCUGCAACUUGGAACAAAAUUCUUGAGAAUGGAGAUGAAGCAGUUGACUUGAAGACUCUGACAGAAGCUGUCAAAGCUGGUGUACCCAAAGCCAAAAGAGGCGAGAUAUGGGUGUUUCUUGCCAAGCAGCACGACUUGCAUUCACCACCUGAAAAGGAACAGCAAUGGAUGGAGAAAACUUACCAUGACAUCAAGGAAGGCUCUACGUGUCACCAGCACUCCAUCUUCAUUGACCUAGGUCGCACAUUUCCCAAUCAUCCAUACUUUGCUCCUCCGUUGGGGCAUGGCCAGUUGUGUUUGUUCAACAUCCUGAAGGCGUAUUCCAUUUUAGACGAAGAAGUCGGCUACUGUCAGGGACUUAGUUUUGUGGCUGGCAUUCUGCUGAUGCAUAUGAAAGAGGAGGAUGCUUACGACAUACUUCGAUUCAUGAUGUACACACUUGGUGUCCGUAAGCAAUACAAACCAGACAUGCAAGAUUUACAGACUCAGUUUUACAUGUUAUCACGCCUCCUACAUGAUUACUACAAACCUGUGUACGAGUUUCUACUGGAGCUGGAAAUCACGCCUACUCUUUACGCAGCCCCGUGGUUCCUUACGCUCUUCGCAUCUCACUUCCCAGUAGGCUUUGUGGCACGAGUGCUGGAUAUGAUGUUUCUUCAAGGCAUGGAGGUGGUAUUCAAGGUGAUCCUGUUGCUGCUCGGGUCUUGUCAGGUAGAGUUAUUGGAGAGUGAUGGUUUAGAGGGUGCUGUGGAAGUGAUGAAGACUUCACUGGCGCCUUUUGCUGAACAAAACGUCGAGUGGUUGGUCAGUCAAGUGCUCUCGUUUGAUAUCAGUAAAGAUCUGGAGUCUUACGAGGUUGAGUACUGUGUUCUCAAAGAGGAGGACCUAAGCGUUGCGUCAUUUGAGGACAUUGAAAGUGAAAGGGUGGAAUCCUUGGAGGCAGAACUCACCAUCAAAACAAAACAGAUUCAAAUACUGUCUGAACAACUCACUUGUGCGCGGAAUACAGUUCAUAGCCUCGAGAGCACAAUUAACACGAUGCAGAUUAAUCAGGGUGAACUCAAAGGCAUCAUCAGAUCCCUGCGAGCGGAGAACGAAAGCUUGACUAGAAACUUUGAAAAACUGAAAGCGCAGGUGCUUUCCAACGGCGAUUUGGCUCCAGGGGUAGAAACCGCCGAUCCUGCGGAAGAUCAAGCGUUAACGAUCGCAGGCGAUUCAUCUGAAGGCAGUACCAUCAAGCCGACGAAUUCUACCGAGACGAACGCGAGUUCUAACGAAGAGAACACGGACAGUUUCGAGCACAUCGGCAGUGGUAAUGAUCUAACGGACGACGAAGCUGAUUCCGACGAGUUUAUGGAAGGAAAGCGUGGGUGUGGCAAUGGAAGCCCCCCUCUAAGCGAUAAGUGUGAAGACCUUGUCGUUAGUAGAUAAGUUUUCACAGCAUUUUUUUUCUAACGGACGAUAGAAUGGCUCACAUAGGUGUAUUUCGGAAAAACUAACUCCACUCUGUCCUAGCAGAAAUCAUACUUGAUUUGCAUGACUCUGUGUGGGUUUUCACUGAUCGUAAGAAAUCAAUCGACGGGGUUUACUCGACGUAGUGAGUUUACCUUGAACCAGGAAAAACGGGGAUGAGAAACAAGUCUUGCAGCAUGUGGUUUUGCUUCUUACGGUCCGGUCUAAACCCACUUCAUUUUUGUCACAAUAGUUCCGUAACAAUAGUAACUUGUUGGUGUGCUUUAGCAAAGUCAAUCUCUCUCUUUAGUGGGGGUGGGGUAAGUAAGGGGUAAAUUGUCUCGAAAACUGGACGUUAGUUUCAUUGUGUCAAAUAAGAAGAAUGGUAGACGCGAAAAAUUAGCCCUGUUUGCGUGAGUUUAGGCAAUGGUCAGAGAGAGUUCUCUCGCUUUGUUUUCGUGCAGGUAGUUGGUGUUCAAAGUAUUUCACAGACGCGUAUCAAAACUAGUUUCAACACAUUAAUUGUCACGGAAAAAUAGUCGCAACAAACGUCCGCGCGUAGACUGGGGUAAAACGUCUAGGAUUGUUUUGGUUUAGUUUUGCUUUGGCUCACCCCGCGAUUGGUUUAGAGAACCCGCGUCAUCCACUCGACCAAUCAGAGGCGAAACUGAAAACGAUAGCGCCUCAGCCACCUGCGUUCUCCCGCCCUUUAGACAGUUUACUUCUUGUUACUUUGAAUUCAGAUUGGUUCCUUUAGACAUAUUCCUCUGCCUUGAUUAGUCAUUGAAAUUACUUUGUCUUUGGUUUACGACGCACGGAGGAAAUUUCGCGCUCUAACAGCGAUAGUACACUGUCUGUCCUAUUACCAUUUCUUCGUUAGUAAGGGAAGUGUAGUGAAUAUUCCAGUCUACUGACUCCAUACAUUCUUAUGCACCAUGGACUUAUUUCGUUGUGUUUCAUAUUUGUGGGAUUAAUUUAACGUGGGGGUAGUAAAAUUAAUGAAUAUUUUUUGAAUGUUUUAAUCAGGACUGAUUGAAUCUCGUCGGCACUAAGCAAAGCAAGAUGUAAACAUAUCUUUUCGGAAAGUAAUAACGAAAACAACUCCGACUUACGAGUUAAGUUAGCCAGAAAAAAAGAUUAAAAAUUAACAGUAUCUCAGUUUAGACGAACAUCAAACAGGAAACAGCCGGAGCUGUAGUAGUUAUUAUUUUGCUUGUAUUUUCAAUUUUGUGAUCUAGCAGGCCUUCUUCGCGAGCACUUUUUUUAGUCCGUCGCACAAUUUAUAGCUUGUGGAGCUGUCUUUCCGGAAAGGAAGGGUUCCUUGACGAGAGAAGUAGAUCUUGAGCGCGCAGAAGGACAACCUUGAUCAGUUCAUAAAAAUGCCUGUUACAUAGUUUGAUAUAAAAGCAGUAUCGAAUGCAAAGUGAAUAAUGAUAUUAAUGAUAUAGAAUUAAUUUGUUAUGUUUAUGAAAUUGAAAACAGACGCCAAAAAAAUAGUUUAUACAUUCCACCUUUUUCUUUUGUACAAAGACUAACGCGGUAUCCUUUAUGAAUUUUUGUUUGGAAAUUUGCAAUUGUUUCAUCAUGAAGUUGAAUGAUUCAGUUGCAAAUUUCGGAAAAUUUAUGAUAAGUUGUGAAAUAUGUUAAGUUUGUGCCAUGUUGGUAACAAUCAAAGUUGCUCCCUUUUCGUCACACAAGCGUGCUAAUCAUUCGCCAUCUGUUUCUCCUAAUUCGAAUUUGGAAUUUAGCCACAGUUUGCCAAUGGAAUUCGGUGAAAAUGUUGUUGUGCACACGGUCAGUAGACAACAAAAACGGAGGGCACUAAAAAAAAACCUAAUUUUUAACUGAUUAAUUAUUUUUACUCUUUCCUCAACAAUAUCUUUCACAAGACAAGCUUUGUUCGCAGACACCUUCCAACCACUGUUUGCGACUCAGAAUUGAAUGAAAUUUUGACAGGAAAUCCUGUAACGACUUUAAUUAUCACCCACUUCAUUCUACAGUUGGUGGAAGAUAGCAGCAGCAACUUUUGCUACCAGCGUUGACAACGUAAAAACAUACGAAUGAAAUCAAAACAAAAUAAUUCCUGACGUAAUUUUAUUUUUCAAAUGAUGACUACUUUUUAUUUGACUAAAAUUCUUUUGGAUUCAGAUGUGACAUAAGUUAAAUUUUCUGGGAUGCUCCGUAAUAUUGUAACUGUUAAAAUAAAGUGAUGAAAGAAUGACUCAUCU